GGUUACGUUCAACACAGCCGUGGCAGCCUGCGACCGUGAUGCUGCGCGAAGUUGGGAACUUGCGCUCCAGUUGCGGGCAGAUAUUCCUCCCGAGGUGGCCAAGGAGAUCAUCACAGAAAUCUCGGUCGUGUCUGUUUGCGGCAAGCAGGUGCAAUGGCAGACUGCCGGCGACCUUUUUGCAGCAAUGCCGCUUGCGGCGCUGGUGCCAAACAUCGUUGGUUGCAAUGCCAUGGUUUUUGCAUGUGGGCAGGCGAAUCGGUGGGGAGAAGCCUUGGAAAUGCUGACGAUGGCGGCAGGGUAUCUGCGUCCAAACGUGGUUUCUUUCAACUCUGCCAUCAGUGCCUGUGAGAAGGCUGCCAAGUGGGAGCUCGCUCUGGUCUGGAUGGGGCAGAUUCGCCUCAGCCUCCAGCAAUCCACCACAAUUACUUUCAAUUCUGCAAUCAGCGCCUGUGAGAAGUACAGUGAGUGGCAGUUCGGCUUGAAGCUGCUUUCAGAGAUGCUGAAUCGAAACGUGUGCGUGGAUGUCAUCUCCCUCAAUGCCAUGAUGAGCUCGUGUGCAAAGGGCAACUGGCAGCAGGCACUGCAUGGCCUUUCGUUGGCAGCAGAGCUCAGACUCCAAGUAAACUUGAUAACGAUGAAUGCUGCCAUCACAGCAUGCGCCGGAGGAGAAGAGUGGCAACGAGCGCUUGCAAUCCUUCACAACCUUGCACACGUGAAUCUGGAGCCAGACUUGAUUUCGUACAACUCGGCCAUCAGUGCAUGUGGGAGGUGUGCAAAGUGGCCAGAGGCUUUACAGCUUCUGUCCAUGAUUCCGAAGAAUGUGUCGAAUUUGAUUUCCUACACUGCGGCAGCAUCCGCAUGUGGCCGUGGCGAACAGUGGCAGCACGCACUGCGGCUGCUGGCACAUUGCAUGCUUCAGAGGCUCCGAGCAACUUCUGUGACAUUUUGCGCAUGCAUCCAUGCGUGCGAACGUGGCGACCAGUGGCAUCGUGCACUGGCACUUGUCAGCCAAAUGCGAAGCCAUCUGGUUCAGGCAAAUAUAAUAGCAGCAAAUGCCGCCAUGAGUGCUUGCGAAAAGGGCAAGCGCUGGAAGCAUGCAACUGCGCUCCUCGGUGCACUCGAAGAGAGGGAGCUGCAAGCUGACAUCAUGACCUACAGUGCUGCUCUGAGUGCGUGUGAGAGCAAAUUCUGCUGGCAGAUCGCCUUGGCCGUUUUUUCCAAGCUUCACGACCUUCAACUUGACACCCCUGUAUGUAAUUCUGCUAUGGCUGCAUGCAUGACAUCUGGCCAGUGGCAGCAUGUUUUGAAACUGCUGGCGCAGAUGGAGCAAGAUAGCAUUCGGGCAUCAGCUCUUACACUAUCCACAGCCGCGGCAGCUGCUGAACAGGGCCAGCAACUGGAAGCAUGUCGGCUCAUUUCAGGUUUAGAACGAGGGGACAUGAUUUCGGAAGCGCUACGUGGAGACACCAAAAAUGCUGCAGCUAUUGGACUGUGCCUGCAGAAAGGUCUGUGGGUGUGUGCGCCCUCUGUAUGUUGCAAGCUGCCUCGUAUUGCAUUGUCAGAAGCGAACUUCAAGAGCUUCGGGAUCGAGUCGAGCUGCGAGCCAGGACUGGGAUGGCUUGACUUUACGAAGUUGCUCAUGCCUAGGCGCAAGCUUAGGUAG